CGAGAAGCAUAUUUAAUCAUUUGCGUCAUCAUUAUGUCCUGCACUGCAGUUUGUCAUCCUCAGACCCGAUGCAAUGGGGAUAAAUAUAUGCCCAUCCUCUUCCCUUCAAGACAUCAUUCUCAAGCAACACAGCAAUCAACUGUACAGCACAGUCCACCAAACAAAAUUCACACUCAAAAUUCUUCGCAGACUCACUUACUCAUCUUAAUAUUCAACACUUCGCUACAAUGUCCAAGCCAGUCGCAGUUAUCAUCGGAGCAACAGGAGGCCAGGGUGGUAGUGUCGUCGAUUCCUUUCUCCAAGACGGAACGUAUCAAGUGAGAGGCGUCACCCGAAACGUUAACAACGCAAAUGCCCAGGCCCUUCACAAACGUGGUGUUGAAGUGGUGACUGCUAAUCUCAAUGAUCAAGCAUCGCUCAUUGAAGCAUUUAAGGGCGCUACCCUCAUCUUCGCCGUCACAGACUUCUUCGAGCCAUUCGCCGCCAAGGGACCUGAGGAAGCCAUGAAAGUAGAAUCUGUCCAAGGAAUCAAUCUUGCCAAAGCCGCUUCGGCAACCCCUACACUCAAGCACUACAUAUGGAGCACGCUUCCCAACGGAAAGAAGAUAUCGGGAGGAAAAUAUGUUGUCCCUCACUUUGAAGCCAAAAAUCAAAUCGAUGCAUAUAUCAAGAGUGACCCCACUCUCCUCACAAAGACUACUUUUGUCUGGGUCACUUUUUUUGCAAGCAACUUGUUCUUUCCAAUGUUCACCCCAAACCUGAUCAAAUCCUCAGGCAAAUACGUCUGGUUGCAGCCAGCUCCAGCAGAUACGCCAAUUCUUUCAGUCGCAGAUCAGAAAAAGAAUAUUGGUCCGAUCAUCGUGGGAAUUGCCAAGAAACCUGAGUUGACUCUGAAUGGAAAAUUUGUUCUCGCUACAGUGGAUGAGUCCACAGUGGAAGAAUUUAUCUCCACUUGGGGGCGUGUCACUGGCAAGCAGACGGAGUACGUUCAGAUCCCACUUGCUGAGUAUAAUCGCCUCUGGCCAAUGUGGGGGCAGGAAAUGGGCGUCAUGAUGGAGUUCUGGGGUGAGUACAAGGAAAAGAGCUGGAGUGGAGAGGAUUACAUCACGAAAGAAGAUUUGGGAGUGGUUGAAAAGCUUAUCUCGACGGAAGAGGCACUAGCUUCUUUCGAUUACUCUUUGGUGCUGUGAAUGCCACAAGAUGACAAGCAGGGGGAUGAUAGUGGUGCGAAGGUGUUCAAUGAUUAGGGCGGUGGCGGGGUAGCCGAAUAGGGAUCCUUCAUUUUGUGAUUUAUCAGCGUAAUACUUUAGCGAAAAGUCACAUUCGAC